AGAAAAAUAAGAGAGGAGGAAACAAACAACAAAUGUUGAAUCUAUGAGGGUUAUUGAUGUGAUUCUAACCAGCAUCAAACCCCGGGAUGGAAGUGUCAAUUCCCCUACCGGGGAUAUGGAAGGGGAGACCGGGGAUUCGGUCCUAGAAUUUUCCCCUGCCAGGACGGUAAAUUACCCGACCGGGUAUUUAGAUUAGGUUUUGGGUCCUACCGAUUUUUGUUUGUUUUUUCGUGUAAAAUUCUUUUCACUAUUGGUGUUUUCAUUAGGUUUAUUUUCCAUACCUAUUUAAAGGGUUGUACGCCACGAAAUUUGGCAAACAAUUGAGACUUUGAUGAAUAGAAAAACCCUUUUGGUUCUUCAGUGUUUACUCAUAAAUGUGAGUUUGGUGGAUUCCAAACUCGUUGAGCUCUGUAUCGAUCAAGUAUUAGCCUUGAUCAUUGUCGGGCAUCUACCCUGAUAUUCUUCGAGCCUCUUCCCGUGUGUUGAAGUUGCACGACAAUCAUUUUCCAUCCUAUCCUUCUAUUUUUGAGUUGUUUAGAGAAAAUCCCAGAAAACUCUAAAAAGUGAGAGUUGCGCAUUCUGAUUCGUGAGAGAGUUCGGAUUCCCGGGUUCCACUUACAUCAGGUGGUAUCAGAGUCCGCUUCAAACACAGCGGCGAUUUGAGGUAUUUUAUUUCGUUUUUAGUGUUUAAACAAAAAAAAACGUGUACUGUUCACAGAGGAAAUAAAAAAAGAGUUGAAAAAAAUGUUCAUUAGUCACAAAGCUGGACGUGGGUUGAAAUAUAUAUAUAUCUUGUAUUUUGGUUUGUGUUUUUUUGGUUCAAAGCGGCGGCAAGAGACUGGCGAGGAAGACAUCAAAGAUGCAAACCAUGUAGCUAAAUGUUGAAGACGCUUUGAGACAUCUAUUAGCACAGAUGGCUUAUGUGCGAGUUAUGCUUCUAACCAUGGAUGAAGAGAGUUCGAGUUCUCGGGUGCAACAAAGUUUGAGUUUUGAGGAGGAGGAGGAGGAGGAGGAGGAGGAGAAGGAGGCGAAUCUGGAAGCAGAGAAAUCAUCGAUUAACUGCCCAAAACCGCAGAAGGAAGAUGGAGAUUCCUACGAGCCAGUCGCGGUGGAAAAGGAGCAAAUCGUUUAUCACGAUCCUUUUACGAUUAUGGUGAUUUUUCUUGCAGAAUCUCCCAAGCUUUGAGCUUUAUCACUGCUAAACUAAGAACUACGACAACCGGAUUUGCAGAAUGGGAGCGAAGAUUUUAUGGAGGGAAACAGGGGUAUAAUGUGCAAUUUUUGGUGGAUGAUUGUCUUUUCUGUCAGUGGAAGUACAUGAAGAAGAGACAACAAUUUUGCCUCCCCCAAAUUGAUGCUGGUCCUUAAGCAUCAAUUUCCUAAAGAGAAACCAAUGACGACUUGUGGUCAAAAGACUUCGUGAGAUGUGACGAAGCUGAAUAACACUAUCACGGACCAAGUCUCGAAUAUAAUGAAUGUGGACCUCUAUGUGCUUCGGGCGGUUAUGGAGAACCAAACUCUGAUACCAUGUUAAGAAACAAAAUAUGAACGA